AUACGCUAGUUGAUUAGUUUUCGGGGAAAACCCCAUUCUGGGAGUGCACAGCAUCCAGAGCAGCCGUGCUGGGCAUGUGCUGGGCACAUUUCUUAUCAGGGAAGGAGGCAUCAGAAUGAACCGCAAUUUUCUCAGUGACCGAGUACGGCAACAGGACCUCAUCAUCGGAUGUCUAUCAGUUUCAAACAACCUAUCCUGUCUAUCGUUUGUGCAGAAUAGUCGAUUGUAGAGUGCGAACAUCCGGACCAUCGACAGUUUUAUUCGACAUUUAUUCGCAUCGGAUCAGCUAGGUGUAUACAGCAAGAUUCCAUUCGCAGGUUAACAGAAUCUACGAAAGUAUCCACCUGUUAAAAUGGCGGUCGGUAGAGUAGCAGGAACGGGCAACAUCGGAUACUCGUCCAACUACCGGACUGGAGGUCGAUCUUAUCACGGGGGCAUAAAUGAGGAAAUCAUUUGGAUCAGUAUUGGAAUGGCUGUUACUAUCGCAAUACUGAUCACGCUCGCCUUAAUUUACCUUGCGUAUGAAAAGUGCCAGAAGCGGCGACAAAGGUACAUACAAGCGUGAGAUGAGUUAAAUCGGCUGGGCCGUCCCGCCGCAAAAGAGGGGGUCAAAGUCCCUGCCAAAACCAUGCCCUGAACCACCAACAGAUGAGGCCAACAUGGCAAUGACGAUGGAGAAACAAUAGAACAAAAUUGGAUAGCAAUUCACAACCACCACUAAUGGACCAAACUAACAUAAAACGAUGCCUCUCAAGCGAAGCACUUAAACAAAUCGUAGGAAGAUUAGAAUAUAAACAAAGAUUUAAAACUGUAGCGUAAACUAAACCCACAGAGGAAUGAUAAAUCAACAGAAACUAAUGCCAAACAAUUUUGAAAUGCUCUCUAUAUAUGUACUAGAAAUAUAUACAUAUAUAUUUAUGCCCCCAAGAUAGCAACCCGAUACGAUUUAUUAUGGGGUCGGUGUUGAAACCAGAGAAGCUUCUGGAACGUCCCUAGAACAAGGCAAAAGCCACAGGUACGAUUUAUAACCGUUUUACGGUAGCUCUGACGCCUCGUUACGAAAACAAAGUAACCGAAAUGCAUUCAGCGUAUAAUGAAAGAGGGAGCUACAGAGAGCUUCGCAAGCGGAACAAAAUCAAACAAUUUACCAAAAAAAACCAUUAUUUGUGUCUUUACACUAGCGAACAGAACAGAACCACGUAGUCGUUUAAACAUGUAGUCUGGACUUUUUGCGUCCGCUGGAUCCGACCGACUCUCACUGUUGUUCAUCCCACACACCCGUUCUGAUGUUAGUAGUCAAACAACCAAACCACUCUCUACUGUUUCGUCGUCGGAAUAAGGACAUGUGUAGUAGAGGGCCGAUCCGAGGGCCGAGUACACACUGUAAUCGCAAGAUGCUCUAUUAACCUCUUAUUAGGUGACUUGAACGCAAGUCCGCAUCACCUUUUACCAUACCACCUCUUCUUAAGUGGAACAAUUUUAGGCCGCCUAGUAAGCAACAUUGUUUUUUACAAAUAUUUAACCACCACUGCACAGCUUUGGAGGCCUGUGUGCGGAACUUGUUGGAUGAUCUUAAUAAACAUGUGUUAUCUGUAAGUAAAACAUG